AUGAAAUCUUCCUGGUCAGGAACUCUCUCCCAGAGGCUCGGUGAGCAUGUGAGGGACUCGGCCCUCUUCGCUCUCGAUGUCGCCCAAGAUCCUCAGCUGUAUCUUGAUCGUGGGUGGGAGGCCUCUCGUAAAUAUUUCUUCUCCGUCAUUUUUAUCGCCAUCACUCUGUCCAAAUGUUUCCAUAUUGUUGUUCAUAUGAAGGCAUUGACCGUGUUCUCCUUCCUGGUUUGGGGCGCGACAUUCUUCCUCGUUGAUUUCUUGCUUAUCCUGAUCGCAUGUGCUCUGGCGCGAUCAUUUAAUUACCCGUUGUGGCGCUAUCUCGCGGCCUUUACUACGGCGUUAUGGAGUCUUUACACUGCAUCAAUGACCUCCGCCAACAUUUCUUACUACGUCCACGUGGGUGUGGAGAUCUACUGGCGCAAUAUAAAUAACUUCCACCAUACUAAGCCUACCCUAUGGACUGUCCUGUCCGCAUUGGCUGUCGCGAUCAUUAUCGACUCGUUGAUUUUUACUGCUGCCUACUACGCCACCCCGCAUCUAUUCCGGGUAACCGAUGCUUUCCUCGGAACUUGGGGAUCACUUUUGCCCGCCAAGUUCCGCUACAAUCGUCGUAAGGAACAAGAGUUGCCAGACCCUGAGAUAUACGAACAGAUUGCAAUUGAUGAUUAUGACGAAGGUCAUAAUGCCGAGUCUGCAGGGCUGCUCGAAACACCUGAAGACCCAUCCCAGGACUUGCCCGUGAAAAAAAGUCGACCGUUGCUCAAGCGUGUCAUUGUCAUCUCUUGCAGUGUAGUCGUCGUUUUGCUGCGCUGCGUUCGCCCGUUAGAUUCGACCUACGGGUUCUUCUCUGCCACCCUGCCACUCGCACCCUUCAAGGGUCUUAUCUCCCGCCCCGCACAUGGAAGUGUCUCUUCGUUGCCGGGAGAUUACAGCUGGCUGGAAGGCAAGACGGCCUUAGACGACUUCCCAACAUUUGACUGGCUACGUACCGAUGAUUCAUCGAAUGGCUAUGUCGAAUGGUCUCCAUUCAAGAUCAACCACACGGAACACUUCCAGAAACAUUACAACCCGGCAAAAGAUCCUCUGCACACCAUUAACCUUCAGAAUGAUAUCUUGGAGCCCAUGCGUGAGGUACUGAAGAACGGAACCGUCAAGAUCAAGCACAUCAUUCUUAUCAAGUUGGAGAGCAACAGACAGGAUGUGUUCCCCUUCCGUGCAGACUCUUAUAUCAUGAAGCACAUCAAAAACUCUUUCGAGGACGGCCACAUUCCUCAGGAUAUCGAGGAUCGACUCGCGACGCUCACACCCCAUGGCCCAGCGCCCUAUGGUGGCAUCAGUGCGCGAAAUGCCUAUACAUCUGGUACCUACACCAUGAAAAGUAUCACAGGCACCGUGUGCGGUCUGAACCCGAUUGCGGUGUAUAACAACCUCGAAUAUCGGCACGAUAUCUACCAGCCUUGUUUACCUCACAUCUUCGAGGCAUUGAACGCCCAGCCGAACAGAACCACCGAGACAGAAGAUUGGACUGCCUGGCCGUGGCACACCAUGUGGAUGCAGUCACACUACGGCACCUGGGACAGGCAGUUCGACCUUACUCCUGCUCUGGGAUUCAAAGAUAUCAUGACCAAGGAGUCAUUGGAAGAAACCAAUGACAAGUAUCUUCCCAAGGAAAAGCACGACCAUGAUUAUCCGGACAAAACACUGAACGGAUACCUCCGGGAUGUUGUCUCCGCUGCCCAAGCCAACAACACUCGUCUCUUUUUGACCCAUCUCACUCACAACACUCACACCCCAUGGUACAAGCCUGGUGAAUACGAGGAGCUGUUCGGCAGUUGGUUCGGACUCAACGAGAAGAUCAACCGAUACCUGAACACCAUCGUCUACCAGGACGAAUGGCUGGCGGAAAUCAUGGAAAUCCUGACCGAGGCCGGUAUCGCCGAUGAGACCCUUCUUGUAAUGGCUGGUGACCACGGUCUCUCCCUCCCCAACGACGGCGGCGUAACCGCCAACCACGACCCGCACGUCGGCAGUUUCCACGUGCCCCUCCUCUUCUCGCACCCUAAGCUCCCCCAAAUCGAAGUCGACAGCGCCGUCCUCUCAACCCAAAUCCUCCCCACAAUCCUGGACCUCCUAAUUGAGUCCUCCUCCAUAAAUGAACACGACAGCAAAAUCGUCAAAGACCUCCUCUCCCUCUACGAAGGCCAGUCGAUGAUACGCACCCUAAUCCCAGAACAAGACGGCAAGCAAGAAUGGCACUUCUCGACCAUGAACCCGGGCGGCACAUGGGUGUCCAUGCGCGCAGCGGCAUCGCCCUACCGCCUCGUCGUUCCGCUGAUCACCGACGCCCCGUGGCGCUUCAGCGACGUCGUAGCUGACCCCUUCGAGCUCCACCCAGACGAAGACCUCAAUAUCAACACUCUCCAUGACGUCGUGCAGGCGCGGUACGGGCCCAUCGCAGCAAAGUGGCUCGCGGAGGCUGCGCACGUCUCGCAGUGGUGGAUUGCUGAGAAUCACCUCCGCUGGGGAUACAAUGCCACGCUAGAGACGUAG